AUGCUCCACCAGCUCUCCGAGAACGACGACGACGACCACAACACGCGUCUCCUCAAGAAGGCGCUGCAGUACCGGAAACGACCGCCGCACGUCAACGUCACCGUCUCGGACGACACGGAGGUCGCGUCAUGUCGCCGUGAAGGCCGCCGCGCCGUGUACGUAGUCUACCUAUAA